AUGAGUUUUCGACAACUUAAAAAGCGUGUUCCAAGGCUCUAUAACAAAUUGGCAACCUACGUCUUUGACAGUGUGAACCUUGAGACAUUCAAGAGAAGACCAAAGACUUACCAGUCCUUCCCACAGCCUCCACACAGCCCCUGGGGUCCCUGUGUCUCCUGCGUGGCGGUGGUCUACGCUGUCACGCCGCCAGUAGGUGGAGACAAUGACAUUUCUACUAAUCCCAAUAGAAGAUAUGAGGAACACUGCGUUCGUUGUCAUAUACCUAGACACAAAACACUGACACAGACAGAAGUGACGUUGAAUACAUCUCUAGAAGCUAUCGCGUUCAGGUUUAACUUCAAGAGAAUAGGCUGGGCAGCCUUCCGUGGGGUUGCCGACGUGGAUAUGGGAGGACAUAGACACCAUGCUCAGCAACGCAACACAAUCGAUGUUACACGCCACCGAGGCAUGUAUUCCGAAGACUUCUGCAGUUCACACAAAGUAUGGAGUUCCACGGUGGACAAUGGAUUGCCGACAACACUUUUAUGUUGCAACAUCUCGGUCAUGAUUCCCUUUCCGAAUUAUUAUGACUCUACAAUAGAAUCUGGACUACCCACUCCUUCCCUCAUUCCUGGCACUUUGCUCACGUCAUCCCAAUGCCCCAAAAGACUGGACGCCUUACGGACCCCAAGAGGCCCAUUGCUAGACGGAGGCAGGAGCGGCUUGCAUCCGUCCCGCCGAGAGCUGUACGUUAGGCAAGGAGUGCCACAGCGCACAGUCGUCAGCACAUCUGUCGUCCAGUCGCUGCCAGACUGCAUGCACUCUAUCAGCGCACGGGGCAUCCAAUUGGAGGACUGUGCUGCCCACAUUUCUCCACCACCACUUUCACUAUUAGCUGGCCUGUGUAUCGUGACUGUAUUACACGAUGACUUGUUGAUUAAGUUAAAUCUUCACCGGCGUCUGGCAACUGCAUCGGCCACACAAAACCAAGCGGAAAUUCACCGAGCCAGGCAGAGGAGGCAGCAACCAGGCUUGAGAGUGCAAGACGUGUGUGAGAGCGAGAGAGGGGGAGAGCGAGACGAAACUCUUACUGAGAUGGCACGAGGAAAGAAAGCUACCCGUAAACGCAAGCUAGCUAAAAAAGAAGAUGAAGAAGAGGUGCCAGAAAAGCUUCAGCGGGAGGACAGUGCCACCACUAAGUUGAGGAAUGCCAUCAGUGAAGCAAAGGCUGCUGCCUCUAAGGAAAAGAAAAAAAGGAACUACAAGGCUGAUGCUGUGGUGCUGGCAGAGUUCCCAAAGGCUGCCAUCUAUGAAGACUAUACCUGCAUGCUGAACCAAACCAAUAUUGGCCACAACAACAACAAGUUUUACAUUAUUCAAGUCACUGAGAACAAAAAGAACAGCUACACUUGCUUCACACGCUGGGGACGAGUGGGAGAAGUAGGGCAGCACAGCUUGGAUAGUCAUAAAGAUGUGGAGCAGGCAAUAAAGGCAUUCAAGAAGAAAUUUAAGGAUAAAACAAAAAAUGACUGGGACAAAAGAGAUGAUUUUAAUGCUCAUCCAGGGAAGUACACCAUGAUUGAUAUUGAAGAAGAUGAUGAAGAGGAAGAAGCUGAUGCAGUAGAUGGAGGACAGCAGUUGGUUAAAGUUACAAAAUCCUAUGGAGAUUGUCCCCUCGACUACAGGACUCAGUUGAUGAUCAUGAUAAUAUUUUCAGACGAUAUGUUCACCAAUCAGAUGUCAAGAAUGAAUUUAGACAUCAAGAAGAUGCCAUUGGGGAAGCUGAGCAAAGUGCAGAUAGCCAAAGGACUUGAGGCACUGCUGGAUAUUGAAGCAGCAAUAAAAAAGAAUGAGCCCCGGGACGUACUCAUGGAUUUGUCAUCAAAGUUUUACACACACUGUCCUCAUGACUUUGGCCGAAUGGUGCCCCCUGUUCUGGAUACAGAGUCCAUUGUUCAGCAGAAGAAGGAAGUCAUGCUGACCCUCAGUGACAUUGAGUUGACACAGUCCCUUCAGAAAGACAAGGGAGAGAAAGACAUCCAUCCCCUACUUGAAAAACACCAGAUGCUUGACUGUGCAUUGGAACUUAUCAGUAAAAAGAGUGCAGAAUUCAAGUUACUUGAGCAGUACUCCAAAGCCUGCAAAGAUACUCGGAAGGGACCACUCUUGGAUAUAUGGCGAAUUGACCGAAAAGGUGAAAGUGUCAGGUUCCAGAAACACGACGACAUCAAGCACCGCAAGUUGCUGUGGCACGGCACCAACGUGGCUGUGGUGGCAGCCAUCCUGAAGGCUGGCCUGAGGAUCAUGCCUCACUCAGGAGGAUUGGUGGGCAGAGGCAUCUACUUUGCCUCUGAGCAUGCCAAGAGUUCUUGGUAUGUGUGUCCCCAUUUUGGCGAAUUUGAAGGUGAGAAUAAUGUGGGAUUCAUGUUCUUGGUGGAGGUGGCGCUUGGAAAGGAGAAGAGUAUUCAACAGUGUGAUGGUUCCAUCACACAAGCUCCCCCAGGCUUUGAUAGUGUUGUGGCCAGAGGAAACAGUGAACCAGAUCCCAAGAAGGAUAAGAAAACUGUGCUAGAUGGUAAAGAAGUGAUUGUCCCUGUUGGACCUCCUGUGCCUCAGAAAGCGUGGGCUAAAAGUUCUUUUUGCCAGAGUGAAUAUCUUGUCUACAAGGAGAGCCAAGCAAGACUCCGAUACUUGCUGAAAUUCUCAUUUGACUAGGACAGUUAUAGUUCAGUAUUUCACAAGAUUUAUAUAUAGAAUCCUUUCAGUAAUGAUUUUGCUUUGCAUGUAUGAAAUAUGGUAGAUUUCUUAGGGGAUUUGGUGAAAGGGACAACAGUAAACACAGGGCAUUUUGUGACAGCACAGUAAUAGCAAUGCUAACAGUGAAUUAAUUUAGGGCCUCAGAUUCAAGUAACUGAGAAUUGGACCAUCAAAGAGGUGCAUGUGGUGUAACCAGAUUGGAUGAUGAAAAUCACCAAGAGCAUGUGGAAGCUCUAACAUGUCACCUUGAGAAUGUGUGGAAAUGAAAAAAGACAGUAUAUGUAUGAUUGCGAUAGAUGUAGUUGUAGGAGGAAAGUCCCCUGUAACUAAACUGGGAGGACAAGGUGCUGAAGAUGGCAGAAGAAAAGAAAAGGACUGGGUGCACAAAGACAGUAUGUGUGAACAGUAGCAAGUUAAGAUUACUGUUGUGACCUAUGAAGAUGCUAAGCAAACUAUGGUUGAUGGGUUUAUGCACUGAUGGUGUGGUAAUGUUGGCUUGACUUUCUUGUUGAAGAAGGUUACAGGAACUCAGAUUAGAAUGUGAUUUGUAAGAAGAGGAACAGAAGUAGAAUUUUUAGGACAUGGAAUGAGAUAAUGCUAUGGGACCUGAACACAACUUGUACAUUACUGAAAGAAAGUAGAUGGGAAAUGUGAUUAAAGUGCAUGUGGAUGAUUUGGCAUGUCUAGUGAGAUGGCAGGUGUGAGCUGGAAUAGAUAGAGACAGUGUGGAUAACUUACAGAGAAUGAGAUGAUAAGGAAAAUAGAGUAGAGAGUAAAUGUUGAGUGUGUGAAUAUCUCCUGUAGAAGAGCGGUAAGCUGUUAGAAAGGGAGAAAAUUGAAGUGUGCAGACAACUUGAAGAAAAUGGAAUGAUAAGGAUAACAGAGUAUAGAGUAAAUGUUGAUUGUGUGAAUAUCUCUUGUAUAAGAUCAGUAAGCUGUUAGAAAGGGAGAAGAUUGAAAUGUGCAAGGAUGAAGUGUGCAGACAAGCAGACAAGGGCAUGAAGAGGCUUGCCUUUUUUGUUUCCUUAAGAUGGUCCAAAGGCAUAAACAUCUCCUUAGGUUGAUGAAUAGGUAGGUAAUUGUAAUUUGAAUUUUGUUUUAAUGAGGUAGUGAGGAAAAUGUUAUAUUUUCUCUCUGAAAUCUUUCAUAUUUGCUACAGUUAAUUAAUGUCAGAAGAAUUUGUAAGGAAGAGUGAUGUGAUGGAUUUACAAGGAGCAGAGCACCAGUGAUUCUGGGAGUCAGUGAAUAAGCAGGUGAUAACACAAGUGCAGUAAGGUGGGAUUGGUAAGGAGGCCAAGACUGUAGAGAUUUGUUGAUUGAGAUUUUGUUGAGGAAUAUUGACCGAAGGUUUUUAUUGUCUUUGGCAAUAAAACCACUUCAUGUUGUUUGGGUGGAGGAAUGUUUCCCAUGUAGCCUUGUCAAGGUUACUUCCAUGAUUGCAGUACCUACCUACCUAAGCCAUGCGGUGAAACACACUCAUGCACAUUUUCACUUUGAUAAAUCAAAGAAAAAUUAUUAUGAGUUUGUGAUACAGUACAGUUCUGUAUAAUUUCUGAAAUAUAUGAUCAGGUCACUAGUGGUG